UUUUUUGCCAUGAGCUUUACCGACAGAUCGUGCAGCAUUCAAGACCUGUGCAUAGAUUCCAAUUCUGGUCAUGGCACUGCUUUUGAGAGCUAUGGGAGCGACAGUUGUAAAUCUGAAGAUAUCCUCUCCCACAUGACUGGAGAGUGGGCGUGUCCGAGUACUGACAGCUUCCUCAACGAGUCAAUUUCCUGCAACUCUACCUUGUCAACGUGCAGCUAUGAAGGCGAAUACCACAGCCUCUUACAACAACUGUCCUGUAUGGUUCCCCCCAGAUUCUUGGGCAUCCCCGUUGACGAGUACAUAAUCGUUAAAGGCGCCUCAAAAUAUAUAAAUCAUCUAAGACAAAUACUGGCAAAUGACAAUGGACAAGAAAGUGCAACUUCAAAAACACAGACGGGAGUGUUCGUCCCAAAAUCCUGCUCGGAGCACCUGCGUCAUGUUCAAACCAACAGCACCAUUAACAUUCUCAGUCAGUGCGAUGAAUGGAGCAACCAGUCGAGCGUAGAGAGCUGUUGUCCUCAGGUGCCGCCAGUGUCGAGUUCGAUUUUUGAGGACCACCGAUGUCCUCUUGUACCAUCAAUGUCAACCUCGGUCUUUGAGGACCACCGAUCCGCUACAAUUUCACAAGCCUCGUGUGUCUAUGCAAACUCUGUAUGGCAAAACAAAGCUCCAAAUCACCAGCAGCUAACUCAACCAGAACUGUUUUUCCAAAAGAAUCCUGCGACGCCAGACAAUAGAGAUACCUUUUCGAACACUUCUCAGAAACCUAGAAGGAACUCUUACAGAGUUUUAAACGACCAUACAUUUUCAGAUAUAGUCCCCUGCUCUGAAAACAACGAAUGCGUAGCAAAUACAACGUCCAUGGGCCGGGACAGCUUUCCCUGGGUAGAUUACUGUCACCGAGGUCAGAAUGACCAUUUUACCAGAAUCAUGGACCCUGGUCUUAGAGAUUGCCUGCCUGCAGAAAUCUGCAACAUCUAUGAAUUUAACUCUCUUGAAAAAUACCCAGUCCUCUCCUCCCUUCUGGAUGAUGAAGCAGACGAUGCCAUUAGAAAGAGUGCACUGCCGUGGACUCAUGGUCAAUCUUUCGUCUCCUCAAUGAAACAUUUUGAUAACUGGGAUUUUUCAGAGAGAGAUGACGACGAUGAUGUGUUUGUAUCCCCUAACCAAACCGAGCCCGACCCUACUACUGAAAAAAGAUACAACACUACUGGUAAAAAAUACACAGAGAAAGGCCAGACUAAAGGGUUGAGAAGGCCCAAGAACGGUUUCAUACGAUUUUCUGUGGAAUAUCGAAAACGUUUGGCCCAACAGCACCCCAAGCUGGACAAUCGAGAGGUGUCCAAGAUGCUGGGCGCCAAGUGGCGACGGAUGAGCCACGAGGAAAAAAUUCCCUAUGAAAUGGAAUUUCGUAAAGAUAUCUCCGAACUCAGAACAAAACACCCAGAAUGGCGGUAUGCUCCCUUGAAGCAAAUGGAAACGGAGCACAUAGAACCGAUGCCAAGUCGCCUGAGACCCCGCGACAAACUCAAAAAGAAGUUCUUGCCAACGAUCAUUAAGUAUGGACCGACCAUCUCGGAAAAACGACAACCACGUGGUUCCCGAAGGAAGCGAGGGAAAAUGGCCGCCUUCAGCACUUAUAACUCGUUCGCCUGGUUUCAGUGCAAGCUUUGCUACAGGUGGAGAUAUGUGCCGUGUAUUGAUGAUGACAAUCUUCCUUUGUAUCAGUCUAUGUGGUUCUGUCACAUGAACCCCGACCCAACAUGCAACUCGUGCUUUGCUGAAGACGGACUGUCCACAAGUCACUCCGUGAUGACGUCAUCGGUUGCCAGUGGAUACCAGCCUGUCCCUUGCAGUUCUGUCUCGAUCUUUACAACCGCAGCCAAUUUGCCUCUGCGAGCAAAUUUUCUGUGAAUUUCAAUUACAUGUAUCACGUUUU